AUGGCGAACAAGAAGAAGAACAAGAAACCUGCAACAAAUCCUGCACGAGGAUUUGCUACAGUGUCAGUUCCUUCUAAGACAAAAGAAUUGUCUCAAGAAGAAGAGACUCUUGUCACGCCGAACAGUGAGAUCAACCAAGGUGUUCCGUCAAGCACCAGAGAAAGUGCGCCUGGAGACGACGAGAAUGUGCCUCAGAGCACCAGCCAGAAAGAUAUACGUGACAUGACUCCCGACGAGCUUGAGCAGCACCUUCAACAGGCGGAGCUGCAAAAUCUGGUUGAACAAAACGUGUCGAAACUUCGAGGUGACGCAAACCGUCAAGUGGUAAAAUUGCAUAAUGAGAGACGCCAAUCACGACAGCAAGCAGAUCGAGCCAUAAUCACGGGGCUAACCAAGCAGCUAAUUGAUGAGAUUCUCAUGCUCGAAGUCAGCCCUGUACUUACUGAGCCUACACGACAGGACAGCACCAUGAAUCUGCUCGAAAGCGACAGUCCCGAAGCAUUGAUUAAAAUGUGGACGUUACAGGAAGUAUUGCUUCAGUUGUGCAUGCCACGUGUUCAUGAUGCCUUAAAACACGUCUCUGAAACAUGGUACUUACAUGGCCUGUCAACUGCCAGUGACUAUAUACUCGGCCUGUAUGAAGCUUUUCUCUGGUAUGCUGAUAAUGUACCGCCCGAAGACUUGCCAGAUUACGAAACAGGGGAAGUGAGUGCAGGAAAGAAAGCUUCUGAUAACCUGCUUGAGACGCCCUCGCUUGAAAAUUCUGAAGCUGACAUACAUCGAGCGCAAGGGAGUCCGACCAGUGCGCCGGCUGAGGAGUCUGCCGAGGUAGACACAGAGUCAAGCACCGAAGAAGACGACGAUGAAAACGAUCCGGACCUACUGACAGAACGCUGGCUCAAACUACAGACGAAACACUUUGAUUUAGAAGAAGCUGACAACGAUAAUGGGGCCAGAUCUAAAGCGAGGAAAGACAAAAUUAGAGCUCGCAUUCAUGUGAUUGAACGUGACAUACUCUUUGACCAAUUCUCUGCACAGCAAAAAUGGCAACCAAUUCUCAGAGACCUACAGAUUGAGGUCAGGCAAGCAAGUAAACAUGCUAAGAACGACUUGGCUGGUGUGGAGAAACAGUCAAUCUCUGAACUAAAAGAAGUAGACCCGCUUGAGGGCGAUGGGUUACUGGAAGGGAUGUUUGGACAUGACGAGAACGACACCUUACAAUCAGGAGACAAAGAAGAUGAACUCAUACAAAUACACGACUUCGGGAAACCGUCAGGAGUGAGUCCACGUCGAGUGCUCGAGGACGCUAUGGCAGAUCUACUGGAACGAAAAGGAAUCAAGUUCAAGACACUCCUCGCUACAGCGCAUUCCGCGCGACUACAGCUCGACAUAUAUUGGAAGCAGAAAAACUCAGUACCAAACGAAAGAGGUCGGGAAUGUCUGCCAGUUGGUCUUCUGCUCGAGAGUCCUCCUGGUGUCUGGCGCUUUCAGAUGCAGCGUGUCGCCACCAAAAGUAUUGAGCAAAGCGAAUCUUUUCUUGCGGUCUCUUGCCUCUUCCUUCUCGUCUCUUCUGGUUUGGUCAGUUCAAAAUCUUCACAGCGAUUACCCAAGGUCUGGAGGGACAUGCUUCUUGACCUUGAGAAACAGCACGCAGAGCUUGUAGCAAAGGACGACGUGGAGAACCUAAAGCACCUACGGAGCAUUCUGCAGAUGAGCCAGCCUGGUAGAACGACAACUGAAGACUCCUUAGCACAUAAAUCUACAAGGUUAGCUAGAGCGAACCACUCUAAACGCCAUUACUUCGAAAGACUUUCACCCGAUGAAGCUCGAAGAACUUGGUCACAAAAGGUAGAAUCAGCAGCUUUUAACAAAAUGAAAGGAGUGCGUGACCACUUACCAGUCUACCAAUACAAAGCUAAAAUUCUGCAAGCUUUUGAGAACCAUCAGCUUCUGAUUAUAUGUGCAGACACUGGUGCAGGCAAAUCUACUCAGAUUCCUUCGUACAUUCUUGAAGCCUCUUUGAGUAAUGGUCGAGACUACAACAUUUUCGUUACACAACCGCGCAGAAUAUCCGCAAUUUCGAUAGCGAGGAGAGUUUCAGCUGAAAUGGGUGAAGACCAAGACGCAGUUGGUUCGCCUCGGUCACUUGUUGGGUAUGCUAUAAGGUUGGAAAGCAAGACCAGCCCAAGCACGCGUAUCACAUUUGCAACUACUGGUGUUCUAUUGAGAAUACUGCAAGAAGCACCAGAACUUGAUCAUAUUGACUGUCUGGUUUUGGAUGAAGUACAUGAGAGGACAAUGGACCUGGAUUUACUGUUCAUUGCCUUGAAAAAGGUACAGCAGCGUCGACCAAGUCUGAAGAUCGUCCUGAUGUCAGCCACAGUUGAUGCAACCAAGUUUUCAGCCUACUUCAACCACGCUCCUGUGCUCGAUAUCCCCGGAAGAACUUUUCCCGUAAAGGUUUGCUUUCUGGAGGAUGCGAUCGAAGAAGUUACGAGCACCAAAGGCCCAGAGGAGGAUUUGCCGCAGCUUGAAAAUGACAAUAUCGAGUCUUUGGACAGCGACGAAGGCGAACCUGGCAGUGAGAUGAAUGAUGGUCUCGAGAACUACAGUACCUUCACCAAGCGUGUGUUGGCGCACCACGACUACACUCGUAUUGACUAUAACCUCAUCGUGAAAUUGGUUUCUUCAAUUGCCACAAAACCAAAAUUUCUCCAGUACAGCGAUGCGAUUCUGAUAUUCAUGCCUGGCAUUGGGGAAAUUCGCCGACUUCACAACCUGCUGCUCACAACUAAAACCUUUGCUUCGAAAUGGACAAUCCACAUGCUCCAUUCCUCGUUCUCUACCCAGGAGUUAGAGCAGGCAUUCCAGCUUCCUCCGCGAGGCCAUCGCAAGAUAGUGAUUGCAACCAAUAUUGCAGAAACUGGCAUCACCAUUCCUGACAUUACAGCGGUCAUCGAUACUUGCAAGGAGAAAAUAAUGAGGUUCGAUGAAAGACGACAAUUGUCGCGAUUGACCGAGGGUUUCAUAGCUCGAGCAUCCGCUCGGCAACGUAAAGGCAGGGCCGCACGUGUCAGAGAUGGACUAUGCUUUCACCUAGUCACGCGCCAUAGAUACGAGACGAAAAUGUCGGAGCAAACGACGCCUGAGAUGCUUCGGUUGAGCUUGCAGGAUCCGAUCCUGCGAGUCAAAAUCUGGGAUCUCGGACCAGCAGAAGAAGUACUUGCUGCAGCCAUCGAUCCGCCAACAGGUAAAAACAUUCGGAGAGCCAUGUCCAAACUCCAAGACGUCGGCGCUAUCGACAGUGCAGAGAGAUUGACGCUGCUUGGUCGCAUACUGGCGAAAUUGCCGCUGGAUGUGGCUCUAGGUAAGAUGGCUGUCCUCGGCGUCAUCCUCCAGUGCCUGGACGCUGUUAUUAGCAUCAUUGCCAGUUUUUCGAUCAAGUCCAUCUUCAUGGAAAGCACACAGAAUGGCGUGUCCAGUCGUGCUACUUUUGCACAAGGCGACUCGGACUUUCUCACGACAUACAACGCAUAUCUGGGCUGGAAAAGAGCUAGUAUUGCUGGCACAGGAUAUCAGUUCUGUCGUAGAUUUCACCUGAGUCAAUUGCAGCUGCAACAGUUGGAAGAACAGAAGACACAGCUCUACAUUAAUCUCGUCGAUGCAGGACUUAUGGUCUUAGACACAGCCCAGACUGCUGAGCUGCAUCGGGCCAGAAAUCUCAAGGCCGCCUCUCCAAAUUUUGAGCCACCUCCUCGCUAUAAUACCUUCAGUGAUGAUGCAGUCAUAUCUGCAGUCAUCGCAAUGGCCUUGUAUCCGAAGAUACUGAAGCGAGAAGGUCAGGGAUAUCGAAAUGUCUUUUCUAACCAGCAACUACAAGUCGCUCCGACGUCGAUCAACAGAAACGCGAACAAGCCACCAGCUUGGCUAUGUUAUCUGGAAGCAUCGCAAUCAAAAAAUGGCAGGCUGAAUGCAUUUCAUUCAUCGCGAGUUUCUCAGGGCAUGCUGGUUCUGCUGCUAGGAGAAGCUGAUUUCAAGAUGUUCUCAGGGGUUGUCGAUGUUGAUCACGGACGAAUACGAUUGUCUUUCCGGAAAUGGAGAGAGACGUUGGCACUGCUCCGUCUCAGAUCUCAGCUUCAACGGAUUAUCCAUGCAUCCCUAACAAAGCUUGAUUCGUCUGCACUUCAGAUCGCAGAUCAAAAGUGGCUUGAUCUGGCUGCAAUCGUCCUAGAUGGAAAUCCACAAUCGUGA